UUCACCCCUCUUACAUAUGUAUGGAAUUCCCCCUGACCACACACGCACGCAUUUAAAUAUAGCUGAAACACACACACAAAACAUGCACAACCCCUUAAGCAUGCAUACAAAUAUAACCAGCCUCUUCCAUCUCUCAGCCCCUUCCUUUAUUUAUUUUUUUUUUUUUUUACAUUCCCACGAGUAGAGACGCGCUUCUGGAGGAACUGAAGCUGCUACUCUGUGCGGCUCUCUGGGAAUAAAACAGGAUUUURCCAGAUUCAUCGAGCGCUUCUGUUCCUUAAAACCAUUUGAAUGAUCCGUCGCCUGUUUUGACCUGAAACCAAGUUUUUUAUUUUUUGGACGCAAACGGUUUGGAGUUUURACGCAUUCUGUCACACCAGCGGGGACGUCACAACUCCCGUUUCCUUCACCAAGGACCAUUUCUCCGAUGUGGAGUCCCAGUUUACGACUUUACAGAAGAAGAAUGAGACGGAAAAGGGAUUUCCUUUGAUUUCUAAUUAGCGUGCCUCUCCGCCGCCCUCGCGCUUGUGCGCGCGCCGUACAACUCUCUCCACGAGGCGCAAAGAGCCGCUCCGCGCAGAACAAAGCCGUCAGAAUCGACACUUUUAUUUGUGGCGCUCGAGGAGUCCCAGUUGAACAAAUCAUGAUGGUUCUUCUCCGUCGUUAGGGAGCUCGUGGAGCUGUAACGACCCCCCUAUUUUAAAGCGCCGCCUGUGAGCCAGGGGUCAGCUGCAGCCGCCUCUYUGGAAGAUGGCUUUGGAGUUUUUCCCAGGUUAUAGCCUGAUCCCUCUGCGUGCCUAAUGGCACAGUGACAGUGGAAACUGGGCUUUUGUAAAGGUAAAGGAUGACGGCAGCAGCAGGUGUACUUACAGGCUUGGCCAAACUAAAACGCCAGGACUCGUCCCGCUCUCAGCAUCGGCCCCCGCCUACAGCAGGGCUGACCUCUGAGGGUGCCCCCAGAAAACGGAAGCGUCGCACCGAUGUUGUGGUGGUACGUGGUAGGCUCCGCCUCUACUCAGCCUCUGGGUUUUUCCUCUUCCUGGGACUGAUCAUCUUAGCAGUAGGGAUCGGGAUGGCAACACUGGGUUACUGGCCACACGGUAAAGUCGUUCCUACAGGAGGAGGACACAAGGCGGAGAAAGAUGUGACCAACGCAACUCGUGARGUUCAAGGUCCACAAUCCCAGCAUACUGGUGGUGCUUUGAUGCGGUUUCUGGAACAACAUCUUCACUCUGAGAGGAUGAAGAUGCUGGGACCKUUUACCAUGGGGAUUGGGAUCUUCAUCUUCAUCUGCGCUAAUGCAAUACUCCAUGAAAACCGGGACAGAGAAACUAAGAUAAUCCAUAUGAGAGACAUGUACUCGACUGUCAUCGACAUCCAUCGCCUCAGGCAGAAGGAGCAGAAACAAUACCUUCACCGCAGCAGCGUGUAUGGCAGAGAAAUGGGCGAUCUGCGAGCGUUUGGCGCCGACGCCACCGCACGUUUGGCCAGCAACUCCCUCUUGGCGUUUCCUUCUCGAACCGGGAGUCAAGGAUCGGCUGAGGAGGAGGAGGUGCUGCUGGGAGAAGAGGAGUUCCACAGGCGUAGCGAGAAGGCCAGGUUGGAUUGUAGCUUUGCCGGGUUGCUGGCGCCACUUUACAAGGAUCGUUCUUUCUGUGGUCCUGGGUUUGGGUUGGCUCGUUCGGAUCUGACGCACCACCAGUGGCCGGUGGACGGAGAUGGGGAGAGGAGAGGACACCACGCGGGCUCGAUCGUCUCCUCCUCCAUCUCUGCGUUCACGCUCCCCGUCAUAAAGCUCAACAACUGUGUGAUUGAUGAGCCAGAAAUGGAAGCGAUCACCGAGGAGGACAGGGGAGUGGAGAGACGAGAUGGAGAGAGGCCAGUGCCUCUCUGCUCCAUGGAGUCUCUGGUGGUGCCUGCAGCAUCGGCUGCGAAGGCCUCUAAACCGCUGGGCUUGAAGCGCAGUAACUCUGCGUCGUCUUCCUCUCGGAGCUCCUCUUUCUCCUCCUGCACCCUCUCCCCUGCUCCCUCCUCUACCUCAGGCUGCUGGCUUUCCCCCGGAGUGGCGAGGAGUGACUUUGGCUCCAAUUCCUCCCUGCACAGGCUCAACAGCUAUUCGAAAUCUCUGGACUUGGAGCGCAGGCCGAGCAUGCUCAGCGUGCAUCAAGAGCAGCGGAAGCACCCCAGCUGGCCCCGGCUGGACCGCAGCAACAGCAGCCGCAGUCACAGCGGAAACUGGGGCAGCAGCAGAGGCUACACGCGGCUGGAGGACCGGGAAGACCGGGAGGAACGAGGGGAGCGGCCGUCUGAUGCGGCGGCGACCGCGAUGGUGCGGCGCGACUUCAGCAAGCGCGAGAAACUGCUGAUGAUAUCGAGGUCGCACAAUAACCUGAGCUUCGAGCAGGACGAGUUCAACAACAGCACGCUGAAGAGAGGCAGCUCAGAGACUCGCUUCUGACCUGGUCCAUGAAGUGUUCUCCGCCCAUCAGAAGGCGAGUUUAAGAAAUAAAGUACUGGGAAAGCAAAAUCAAAAACGGUUUAAAUCCUUUCCUUUUUUAAACAGAAUAGUAGRAGUAGUGAGAAAUGUUUGAACCUGCACAAUAAAAGGUUUGCACAUCAUGACUGCCUACUGUACAACCAUAGAGGUGCUGUCUUACAUCUAKGAAACAUGUGAAGGAAGACGUUCCCUCCAGGAAUCAAUAAAAUAGCAACACAUUACAUAAGCAGUCUGCUCCAGUCUUUACCAGUUUUAGUUKAACUUUGAUGUUAAAUAAAGUUGGUGGCCUGUACAAUUCAACACAGAGGCCCACAUUGCCCUGCAGGCAUGUCUUACUGACCUUUCCCAGGAACUGUAGAAGAAAAAAAUGGCUGAAACCCUCCACCCCACCCCCCCACACACACACACCAAAAAAAGGCACCAGUUUGAGUUUUUUGUCUGUCUCUGCUUUACUGGCAUUUUAAUGAAAUGUAAUUAGAUUGCACUCUGGAUUAUUCAUUUUUCUUUACCGCCUUGAAGCUUCAUUAAAAACAAUUACUUGCAUUAUUGGUCAUCUAUUCUUUUAAAUUGUCCAAUUAAGUUUUAAUUCUUAARGCGCUUUACCCCGAUCAUAAAUUAUUUUUGACUAACAAUGAGGAUCAAUUAAACCUAGAAUAACAACAGGCAAAAAACUGGCCUUUUUAUUUCCUUCGCCUUACUGGGCUGUUUGAAAAAAACAAACAAACGACUGGUUAAACACGAUUGGCAUUAAGAGUUUCUGUGGGGAAAUGUGCUCCUAAGCUACUGUCACAAAGAUUUAUAUAUGUUUAAAUGUGUGUAGCUGAAAUCUAAACAAAGGUCAGUAUCACAUCCACCAGAAAGGAUAUCAAGUAAGUCAUCACAAAAAAGAUUUUAUUAUUAUUAUUAAUUUCUUGGCCUUAAAUUUUCUUCUUUUAUUUUUUAUUUUUUCAAAAUCACUGUAUGAGGAAUUUGUUACUCAUGUACCAACUAGGGUUAACUUUUCAUUGGAAUUAAGGGAAUUAGUCAAGAUUAUGCAAAAUAAAAGCAUAAAGGCAGGGCAGUGGUUAGAACUGUCGACUCUGCAAAAAGUUUCAGGACCGUCUCUCUGCGUCUUUGAUUGGAGUCUGCAUGUUUUCUCCUGGUACCCUUGAUCUCCAGUGACCCAAAACACUCAUGUUAGAUUCAUUGAUAACUAAAUUAUCUCUAUGCUGCAGCAUAUAAUGGGAGAAUGGGAGUUUUUCAUUGUCACCGUUUCUUUAUUUCACUGACAAUGGUUUUAAUUUUCAAUGCCAAAUCUCUUUUCCGAUGUCAGUACUGUACAGCUCUACAGGACCCAGAAAGAAAAAGCGGGUUCUGUAAGUCAAGCGAAGGUCUAAAAUCUCUGUCAAGGAUCAUGAGCCUACAAUACUUAAAAAUUUUACUCCUAUUAAUUCCCAUUAAUUCCCAUGUAAAGUUUCCAAAGUUGAAAAUUCCCGUAAUUCUUCAACCCCUAGUGCCAACAUAUACAAUUUCAAUCAAUGGUACUGUCUGUUUGUGGUCCUGAUCCAAGGUAGUCUCUGGUAUGUGUUUUAGACCCAACCUUCACCAACCUAUGUCAUUUUUUUCUGAUGCAUUUGCAUCUCCUGCCCAAAUGCUUCUCAUUUUGACAGAAAAAAAAACAGAGCUGUAGUGUAACAACCUAUAUGACACUUUUGGCUGUGUCCAAAUUCAGGAGCUUUAUCCUUCAAAGGCCAAAUUUGAAGGCAGAUUAUGUCACAGCAGUGCAACAAAAGCUGUCCAAAUUCGAAGGCACGUCCACUUGCGAAUGUGUCCUCCUUUUACACUGAUUUCAGGGAAGGGUUUGGUGUAUCCUUCACAGCCUACCCUAUCCCAAGAAGCAUUGCAGGCCGACUGGGAGACUGUUGUGCUUGUAAUGACCGACGAAGCAGGAGACAAAUAUUUUGUUAAAUUUCGAUCUUCGUCACUUCAGAGCGGUAAUAAAGCUGAAGUUUAGACCGUCCAAAUUCACAGCCACUUUCUUUUAGUCUUCGUGGUCGACUAAGGACCCAGCCCACAUUGGCCGGUUCCUUCGAAGGAAGCAGCCCCUGAAUUCGGACAAAUCCUUAGAGUUGCUCGAUUCAUCUGUUUCAGGUUUGGUUCGUCAGACACUUUAAAGGUGAUCUCCAUGUUACUACUUCUGUAAUUGUUGUUGGUAGUAUAUUUUCUUCUACUUUUAAUGGAGCAUAGUUAAAGUACGACAGUUAUUUCAAGGUCUAAGGAGUGUUGACAGAAAACCAUUUUUUCUAAGCGUGCAGGAACUUUGGCAGAGAAAUAAACUAGUUUUUAGAAAAUUGUGAUUUAUUGUUUUUUUUUUUUUUUCAUAAAAUAAACUUUAUUUUCACUGAAAACAGUUUUUUCUUCA